GUAGUCCUGUCCAAGCGCUUUGGAGUCAAGAAAGCCAGCUCGAACGGACGCACAUAUUAGUUGGUGUAGAGGUUUGAAGUACGUAUUUUCGGCUGGGUUGUGCUCUGUGUAUGAGUCUUGUCGUCCUUUCAGUUGGGUUAUUUAGAGCCCAGUCAAGUGUUGUAUGUAUAGUGUUUUGCAAUACACAAUCGAUUGUGUUCCGAUAUCGUUGCUGGGUCUUGCUCAUGCAUCGCCUCCAAGACCUGGCCCAAGGCUGCCCAAAAAAAGGCCCAGGACUAGCAAAAGAGCUUAGGCCUCCGUUAGCACGCUCAUGUCUUUUCGCCGUGCUAUUGGCCGUUUUGAACAAGGUGUCAUAUGUGCAUAUCGCGUGUUCAGUACAGCCAAACGCGCUAGUAACAUCCGACGUCUGUGCACCCGCGUCUGGUGGCAAAUUCGUGUUCUGCGAGGGUGGUGAAUGGGUUUAAGCACAUAUUCCGGUGGAAAAACUCUUACAUGU